AUUACAUACUUCCAAGGCCAAGAAGAGAGAGGGAGAGAGAACAUUAAUUUGCAUGUAGGGGAAAUAUUUCAAUGGAGGACGAUGGUGAGAAAAAAGCCGACCCGUCUCCGACAUCAUCUCCUCCCACACCUCCCUCUCCACUUCCAAUCAGUGUAGGGCCUGGCAACCAAAAGUACAUAUUCUCACCGUCUCCUUCCCCCUCGCCGCCUUUCUCUCCGGCUCCCUCGAGCCACACGUCAGCUGAGAACCUCCCUCUUCUGCCUCGUGAUCAGAAGCUCUCUAGUAGUCCAGCAGGGCCAUCGGUAUUCUCGUUGGAUUAUCGGAGACCGCCAGAGGAUUCGGAUUCCAAGAGCUCAUGCCUUAAAGACUUGUUAGAGUGGUUCAUAGAAAGAUGCUGCAACUGUGGUGCUAAGUCUCAGUAGAUUUUUUCUCAUUACAAAGACAAAACAGAAAUGCAAAAAACAAAGAGAAAAUCAGGAGCAGUCAAUUUGUAAAAGAUAUGCUUGCUUGCAUUACCGGUUUUCCUUUUACCCCCAGGGAUUUGGAUUUACCAGAGAUUUGCAGCUGCAAGUGAUUACUUCUAACAUCCUUUCUGCCAACUGACCGUUAAGAUUGAUCUCUCAUCAGAUGGGUUUUAUUUUUGCCCCUCAACUACUUGAAGACCUGCAUGCAGCAAAAGUGAAUGAGUAUUUUUGUUAUUUUGUAACAAUUAAUAUUCUUUGCACAAUCAGAUUUUCCCAAUUUUCUGAUAGAAUAUCGGAGAGAUUCUUGUCACUGUAAAUGUUUGCUUUAUCAUUAAAAAUUUGAAUUACUUCA